CGGGGAAGGUUGGGCGGGGCUCCCGGUCGGGCUCGGGCUCGGGCUCCGGCUCCCGCUGCGGUGGCUGCGGGUUCUACGGCGCGGGUCCCAGUCGUCGCGGGCGCGCCGCGCAGUGCCGCCCCAGCCCAGGCCCCUUGCUCUGUCCGCGCGGCUCCCUUGACUUGGCCAGGCCCCAAAAGCAAAGACAAAGAGCGUGUGCAGUGGUUUCCUCCGGGCUCAGAUUUACCUGAGGUUAUCGGGAACCACAGCCUCCAAGAUGGUUUGCGGAGGCUUCGCUUGUUCAAAGAACUGCCUGUGCGCGCUCAACCUGCUCUACACCUUGGUGAGUCUGCUGCUAAUUGGCAUUGCUGCAUGGGGCAUUGGCUUUGGGCUGAUCUCCAGUCUGCGGGUGGUUGGCGUAGUCAUUGCUGUGGGCAUAUUCUUGUUCCUGAUCGCACUUGUUGGACUUAUUGGAGCUAUAAAACAUCAUCAGGUGUUGCUGUUUUUUUACAUGAUUAUUCUCUUACUUGUAUUUAUUGUUCAGUUUUCUGUAUCUUGUGCUUGUUUAGCCCUGAACCAGGAGCAACAGGGACAGCUUCUGGAGGUUGGUUGGAACAAUACAGCAAGUGCUCGAGAUGACAUUCAGAGAAAUUUAAAUUGCUGUGGUUUUCGAAGUUUUAACCAAAAUGACACCUGUCUGGCGAGCUGUGUUAAAAGUGACCACCCCUGCUCACUAUGUGCCCCAAUAAUAGGAAAAUAUGCUGGAGAAGUUUUGAGAUUUGUUGGUGGCAUUGGCCUCUUCUUCAGUUUUACAGAGAUCCUGGGUGUUUGGCUGACCUACAGAUACAGAAACCAAAAAGAUCCUCGUGCUAAUCCUAGUGCAUUCCUUUGAUGAGGAAAGAAUGAAUACCUUUCAUAUACUGAUCUCGUUCACUUACUCUAACUUUAAGUUAUGCUUAUUUGCUUGGUUAAAGAAACAGUAUCUGGAAUUACAUAUGUUUUUACUCUUAUGUUUCUCUUAAAUGUUUUUCUGUUUCCAUUGCUGAAGAUAAAAUUGGAACUUGUGGUUUCCCCUGAAGCUCAGUGGUACCUGUAAUCUACUGUAUUCACAGUGUCUGGCUAUGUCCGCUGUGGCCUUUCUUAGCAUUUUUACCUGCAGAAAAAAACUUUGUAUGGCACUAUCAUGUUGAUUAUAUCGUGAAUCUAAAUAUACAUCUCACUGGAAUAAUUCAUGUGUGUAGCACUGUGCUGUAGAUAGUUCCUACUGGUAAAAAAAUUGCAAUUUAUUAAAGCCAGAAAGUAUGAGAUUCUCUCAUGUUGAGUUCAGUAGGGGCAGUCUAAAUCCCACCCCCCCAAAUCUUUUUAGGAAAGAUGUAUUGUGGUGAAAAUUGUAACUAUAAAAGUGAUAAUUUAGUUCUAGUAGUCUUGUAUGAUUACACUGUGUAUUCUAGAAGUAGCUAUGCUACUAGGAAAGUGUAGUUUAGUUUUUGCUUUUCACAGGCUAAGUGCAAAGGAGAAAUAGACUCAUGAAAUGUUCUACUGUCAAGCUUUUGGAUUGGGAAGAGUUUGAAAAGUUCAAAGAGUAUAUCUAUAUAAUCUUGAUAUUCUUUUAUAAUGAUUUACAGCCUGAAAUGCUAUGUUUUUAAACAAGUCAUUAUUAAUGUAUAGGCCUAUGUAGGAGAAAAGCUUCUUGAUUAUCUUACAUAUUGUUAAAUAACUUUUUCAUGAAAUUUCUCAGUAUUGUAAAAGCAGCUUGUCAAAUUCAAGCAUAUUUGAUUGUGAUUUUUCCCCCCAUAAUUUGAAGUUGAAAUAGUAUUGUGGCUCUGUAUAAUGUGUUUAAAAAACAAUUAAAAGAUGGACUCUUU